UUGACUUGUAUUUGUUUACUUUUCAGCCAUGGAAUUUACAAGAGCCAUUGGUGCUCAAGCAAAAUCCUCAACCAUGGUGUUCUCGCAAUUGGCUACGGCAAGUUGAAAGACGAACCUUAUUGGCUGGUGAAGAACAGUUGGGGUACCAAGUGGGGAAUGAAGGGCUACAUUAUGAUGGCGAAAGACCAUCGAAAUAUGUGUGGCAUAGCUUCAAUUGCUAAUUAUCCCAUUGUCUAUUUUUUUAAUUCGCCAACCACAGUCUCACAUUUUGCAUCCCACUGA